GCGCCUCGGCCACUGGGCUCUGCGGAGCGAGCUAGUGGUCAGCUCGGAGGCGGAGGUGCGCGUGUCCCGUUCCAAGGCCGACGCCAGCUCGCAGGCAUGGCCCCGGCAGCGGCUUCGGGUGGCAGCACCCUGCCCAGUGGCUUCUCGGUCUUCAUCACCUUCCCUGACUUGCUCUUCAUCUUUGAGUUUAUCUUUGGAGGUCUGGUGUGGAUCCUCAUCGCCUCCUCCCUGGUGCCCUUUGCCCUGGUCCAAGGCUGGGUGAUGUUCGUGUCUGUGUUCUGCUUCAUGGCCACCGCUGCCCUGAUGGUCAUGUAUGUAAUUGGUACUCAUGGUGGUGAGACUUCCUGGAUCACACUGGAUGCAGCCUACCACUGUGUGGCUGCCCUGUUUUACCUCAGUGCCUCAGUUCUGGAAGCCCUGGCCACCAUCACAAUGUACGAUGGCUACACCUACAAGCAGUACCAUGAGAACAUCUCUGCAGUGGUGUUUGCCUACGUGGCCACUCUGCUCUACGUGGUCCAUGCCGUGUUUUCCUUAAUCAGAUGGAAGUCUUCAUAGGACAGCAGACCAGGAGCUGGAACCCAGAUGACAUUAACUGAUCAGCUCAUCUCCUGCAUUAACUUCUUAGAGCACAGACACGAUGGUGAAGAAAAGGAAACAAGCCCCAAAGCAAACAAAACAAAAACAAAAGGAAGCCAUGUUCUGUUUCCCUUGGGUGUCAUGUUUACUUUCUGUCAAGGGUUUAGGGCUUGCUAUGUUUAACCUCCAGCUGUGGGAGGAAGGGACUGUCUUGCCAGGGGCCUUUCUGUCCUUGACAGGGACAGUGGGUGGGAACUGGGAACCUUGAUCUGAAGAGUUGACGAUUUUCCCUUGACCCUUGGAACAUGUCUUAAGAACUGCGUCUUGGAAUUUUCCACGGCUCUUUAGAGCAUACAUCCUCUGGCAUGUCUUAUUCUUUGUGGAUAGUCUGAGCAUCACAGAGAUUGAAAUUCACCCAGUAGAGUCUCCAGAUGUUUGUGGUGGAAGAUGAGCCCCUCUGAAACACUCCAUUAAACGUCUUUAUAUCUCAUGCUUCAAGGGUACGGGGCUAAGGGGUUGCUUUUCAUUCUCUGGGAUCAGAGACACCUUCCAGUCAACUUUCUUCCUGAAGCAUCCUUUGAUUUACCCGAACUCUCAAGGAACAAUUCAGAUGGGCAUGCUGGGCCACUCUUUCCCAGCGUGACUCACUGAGGAUCCCACCCUCACAACAAUGUCUGUCAGGAUAGUGGCUCCUUGUAGGGAGAUCCCAGGGGCUCCACCUUUUCCUUUGAAGACACAGCAGUCUGCUCAAUUAGAGUUCUCUCAAGCCCUGAGAAAACUAGCUCUGGUCAUUUCUUCCCUCUCUUUGUAAGGUAGUCUAAAAUGCUCCAUUUAUGAUCUCUUGAUGUGUUUGGGCACGUCUUCAGACCACUCCCUUGGGGGAGAAAAGGGACCAGACUGCAGAGUGAGGGGAUAGACAAUGACUAUUGGGGUUGCCAUAUUCCAGGAUAGGGACAUCUGACCCGAAAUGAGGAAGUAUCAUUGGGAAAGUCAGGUUCCCUACUAGGAGAUUUCACCUUGACCCCAUGACUUAAAGAAGGGAGUGGCAGUAUAGAGAUGCAGCCCCAGAUGUAGGCCUCUCCUGCCAGUCUCCAGGAGAGUCAAGAUUCUAGCCUCAGCAGAAAGAUUAACUAGCUGAUGUUUUGUUCUCCAACAAAGUAGGAGAUGUGUGCUACAAUUAAAUUGGAUUUGGGAACUUUUCUACCUUGCUUCUGAGGAUGGAAACCAGGGCCUGUGCAUGUAAUACUCUACUGCUGAAUCCCACCCCCACCCCAGAUUGGGUCUUAAUGGCACAUCCAGGAGGACUUUUGUUAUCCUAGCAUCACUGGGACCCAAGUCUGUCAUUUGUCCACUUAGUACAACCAAAAUUUCAUAGUAAAACACAAGUAAAAGAUUAAGUUGGGCAUUUAUUUUUAAAAUAUAAAAUAUAAACUAAGAGAUAAUAUGAAGUUCAUUAUAAUGUUUAACAAAAUCUGAAAUAAUGUUGACUGGGGAAGUCUUGUUUUCAACAAACCUGCACCAUAACAUUAUAUUAACCAACAGCUCAACAAGAAUGAGGAUCGCAUUUUGACAGGAGGUGGGGAAGGAGAAAGGGAUGGGAUAAGAAAGGAAGAAGGAAGGAAGGAAGGAAGGGUAACUAAAAUGAAAUUUCCCUAGGAUUUCUCAAUGUUUCAGAUUUUUAAUCAUUAAAAGAAACUUUCAUACAA